GGGACACGCGUAGGAAGUUCUGGACUAGGAGGUGUGCGAAGCGGAGAGAGUGUACGAAAAGAUUUUUAAAAGUUUCUGCACUGAAAACCAUUGACAAGAAUCACCGUUGAUCGAACAUCAUGUCUGCUAUGUUGGAUCUUCUGCCGUUGUCGCCAACCUGGGUGCUUCUAGGACUGUGUCUACUGCUGUACUAUCUAUAUGUAACAUGGCCUUUCUACACGUUCAAGAGACUCGGCAUCCCUGGCCCCUCACCUGUGCUGUUUUUUGGGAACAUCCUCAGCUACAGAGAGGGAUCUCACAUCUUCGACUGCAAAUGCUACAAGAAGUACGGCAAAGUGUAUGGGUUUUUUGAAGGCCGCGAACCUAUGCUGAUGGUGGGUGACCUGGAGCUCAUCAAAGAGAUCACAGUCAAGCAGUUUAACAACUUCAGCAACCGGAGGGAUCUAGGAUCCCUCUUGGAAGCGUUUGCAGGCGGCCUCUUCGUUCUCGAGGACACGGACUGGAAGCGGGUUCGGGGCACCAUCUCUCCCACCUUCAGCUCAAGCAAACUCAAACAGAUGACCAUGCUUGUGGAGAGUUGUGCAGAUGGUCUAGUCUCUAUCCUCAUGGAGAAGCAGGAAAAGGGCAUCAUGUUCGACCUGAAAGAGGUUACCUCCGCAUAUGCUCUGGACGUGAUUUCCAGCACGGCCUUUGGUGUGGAGGCCGACUCUCUCCAUAACCCCGACCAUCCUUUUGCCGUCCACGCCAAGGCAAUCUUCAACAUCAACAUACUCAAGGGACUUUUCUAUGUCAUCCUGCCGCCUCCAUUCAACUACGUAUUCAAGAAGGGUGGAUUUUCCCUCUUCCCAAAGUUUGCCACGGAGUUUUUCCAGCGCACUGUCCGGAAGGUCAUCGAGAUGAGGCAGAGCAACCCUGACGAAGCUAAACGCGUGGACUUCCUCCAGCUACUUCUCAACGCUCACAAUAAGUCUCUGGACGAGAAGACGGGCGAAGGAAUUGCUAAGGAAGGCAAGUAUAGUCUGUCCAUGACUGAGGUGAUUGGGAACUCCAUGCUCUUCUGGCUUGCCGGAUACGACACCACAGCUAACACCAUCGCUCUCACGGCCUACAACCUCGCCUUCAACCAGGAGGCUCAGGACAGGGUCAUGGAGGAGGUCGACACAGUCGUGCAGAAUCGGGGAAAGCUGGAUUACGAGGCAGUGAACGAGAUGCGGUACUUGGACAUGUGCGUGAACGAGACCCUCAGGAUCUAUCCUGGUGCAAAACGGUUUGAUCGUUUCUGUAAGGCGGACACGGAUGUGAAGGGUCUGCACAUCCCGGCGGGAACCAUCGUGAACAUCCCCGCCUACGCCAUCCACCACGACCCGGAGCUCUGGCCGGAACCGGAGAAGUUCAAACCCGAGAGAUUCUCUAAGGAGGCGCAGGAGUCACGUGACCCGUACGCCUUCAUGCCGUUCGGCUCCGGGCCCAGGAGCUGUCUUGGCAUGCGCCUCGCCAUGCUGGAGAUCAAACUCGCGCUGGCCAGAACUCUGGAGAAGUUCCGCUUCGUCACCUGUGAGAAGACUGAGUCUCCCCUCCGUCUGGAGAACAACAACGGGAACCAGGUGACGGGCGGCGUGUGGCUCAAGGUGGAGGCCCGCACACACGUUCCACGGCACCGGAUGUCGUCAGCCUGAGCAGUUGGUGACUUGCACGCCCUAACACAAAUUUGAUUUGCGUGACUCUUGCUUUCAUAAUUAGAAUAUAAGUUAUUAUGCAGAACGUGGGGCUAUUAUCCACUGGCUUAAAGAAGAAGUCAAACCACAUAAUAGGAAGCGUAGUAGUAGAAGUAUAAGUUUUCCAGUCUGUUAUUGUAUUGUACCGUAUAGUAUCUUUAAGCUGUAAAAGCAAUUAGCCUUCGGGCAUGAUUUUGCAAAUAAGGACAAUCAUUGUUAUAAUACCUAUUUAGUAAUAUAAUAAAAAUCGUUCUUUAUCUACGAAACUUUUUGAGCAAUAUGUCAAAUCCUUAGUUGCCAUGUCUUUAUAUGGUGCGGCCACAUGAAUCAAAUAAUGUGUAAUGUCGAAGAAGGCAAGACAUUUGAUUUAGAUAUACAAGAAAACUGUUAUUCAAGAUUUUGAAAACUGUCAAACAUUCCAAGUAGCACCCAAUACUUUUCGUCAGUGACCUGCGGAAACUGCAGUUAAACAGGCAUUUAUCUAAAAACUUUGUAUUUAUUAGGCGAAGACAAAGUUUAGACAGUCCUUUGGAAAUGUGAAAUAUCAUUGUGAGACUGUGACCACUAAUAUUCUAUCGAAAUAAACUCAUAUUGAGUCCUAUAU